GGACCGCUGGGAUCUCUGCCCGUUACUUUUGUACGGCCGGACGUGGGAUGGAGCCCUUCCUGAUCAAGGAGGUGCAGGCUAGGCUGGGUGCCACGCAGGUGGAAUAUGUAUUGGGGAAAGUCUUCUUUACUGCCAGUGCUGAGCUGCGUACCCUGAAGAAGCUGAAAUCUGCGGAGCGGUUGUUUUUACUGCUGAAUAAAUAUCCUCCACUUUCCAUCUCUAAAAAUAAAGGAAGAGUAAUCCAUGACAUUCAGAAACUUGUAAAUGAAGGUUCCAAGAGUUGGCUGGAUAUUAUUACUCUUUGGAAAAGUCUUCAUGGUCAAGAACUGAAACCAGAAAAUGCAAGUCAGGACUAUCCGGAUUCUCAAAAAAGGAAAUCAGAAGAAGACGGCAGUACAAACAACAAAAGACAGAAGAGAGAACAACGAUUAGAGACUAUUUCUGCUGAAAGUCAAGUAGAAAACCAAGAGAGAUGUGACAUAUCUGAAGCUGAUAUAGACAAUGUGUUGUCUGAAAGCAAAUUAUUUCUAGAGAAGACCUAUGAAGGUAUCCAAAAGAAAUGCAAUGAGGGCGGCAGCAGCUUCAGCUUCCGCGUGUCUUGCCGCUGUAGCGGAGCACUUGCUAAAAUAUUUCCUGCACAGGUGAUGGGAAGAAUAAUUGGAAUAGCUCUUACAAAGCAUUUUGGAUGGAAGGCAGAUCUGAGAAAUCCUGGUAUAGAGAUCUUUGUUCACCUAAAUGAUAUUUAUUCUGUGAUUGGGAUCCCUGUUUUCAGACUUCCUUUAGCGAGCAGAGAAUAUGUCAGAACCGCCGGAUUGCGAUCUACUGUUGCUUGGGCCAUGGCAUCCUUUGCUGAAAUCCACGCUAGUGACUUCGUGUUGGAUCCUACAUGUGGCCUGGGAACAGUACUUCUGGAAGCUGCAACUGAAUGGCCUAAUGUGCAUUAUUUGGGAACUGACAUAAGUGAUUCACAGUUACAAGGAGCUUAUUCUAAUAUCAAAGCUGCAGGCUUGGUGGGUAAAAUCGACUUACUGAAAGCUUCUGUGACAGAAUUGCCGUUGCCUCCAGAAAGCAUCAAUGUUGUUUUUGCUGACAUUCCAUUUGGUAAGAAGUUCAAAAUAACAAACGACAUGAAGUUACUACCAGAUGUUUUGCAAGAAAUUGAAAGGGUGCUUUGUGUUGGAGGGACUGCUGUGCUGUUGCUUAGUCGAGAACUCCAUAACCGCAUCAACGGUGGCGUUUCCAGUGGUACUGAGACUGAGAAUCACAACUCUAUAGAAUCUACGAGUGACUAUGCAGAAUGUGCAGUGGUAUCCCUUGAGUCAAAAACCCAGGAGAAAACUGGUAACACAGUAGCUCAAGGUACAGGGAAAGAAGACAUCAGCAAUACAAAGACAAUUCUUGGUUCUCUCGUAUUGGUACAAUCCUUUGAAGUCAGCCUUGGCAAAACAGAUGCAUUCAUGUGCAAAUAUAAGAAAGUACUAGCAGGCCUUCCAAGUAUAAAAAGCUAGCAGCAGCACAUCAGAAUGACUGUACACAUAAAAGCUUG